UGACGUGCGCUCGGUGGUUCAUUGGGGAAGAUGGCGGCUGCACUUUUGGAGGAGAGGGAUUGAGAGGGGAGGAGGAAGGAGACUGGAGAGUAGAAACGUUCCCAACUGUGAAGACGAACGCUUCGCUCGCCGUUAGGAGCUCUGCUCAACGCCAGACGUGUACUAGAAGGAAAACAUCACCAUGGCCACAGAAAUUGGUUCUCCUCCUCGUUUUUUCCACAUGCCACGGUUCCAACACCAGGCACCUCGACAACUGUUUUAUAAGCGACCUGACUUUGCACAGCAGCAAGCAAUGCAGCAGCUUACCUUUGAUGGAAAACGAAUGAGAAAAGCUGUAAACCGAAAAACCAUAGACUACAAUCCAUCCGUAAUUAAGUAUUUGGAGAAUAGAAUAUGGCAAAGAGACCAGAGAGAUAUGAGGGCAAUUCAGCCUGACGCAGGUUAUUAUAAUGAUCUGGUUCCACCUAUAGGAAUGUUAAAUAAUCCUAUGAAUGCAGUAACAACAAAAUUUGUUCGGACAUCAACAAAUAAAGUAAAGUGCCCAGUAUUUGUUGUCAGGUGGACUCCAGAAGGAAGACGGUUGGUCACUGGAGCUUCUAGUGGAGAGUUCACAUUGUGGAAUGGACUCACUUUCAAUUUUGAAACAAUAUUACAGGCUCAUGAUAGCCCAGUGAGGGCCAUGACUUGGUCACAUAAUGACAUGUGGAUGUUGACAGCAGACCAUGGAGGAUAUGUGAAAUAUUGGCAGUCGAACAUGAACAACGUCAAGAUGUUCCAGGCACAUAAGGAGGCGAUUAGAGAGGCCAGUUUCUCACCCACGGAUAAUAAAUUUGCUACAUGCUCUGAUGACGGCACUGUUAGAAUCUGGGACUUUCUUCGUUGCCAUGAGGAAAGAAUUCUCCGAGGUACAUGAAUUUUGGAAAUAAGGCCAAACCUUUGAAAGCAAGAAUGAGCCUGAUUGUGACUCGAUUCCAAAGCACAGUCCUUUUUCAUAUUUGUGACCUUGAAACACUUCCCUCUUGAUGUUGUCUUUCCAUUAUUUUUCCAUUUCUGAAGAAAUCUCAAAUAUUAAAAUUUAAUCAUAUACUUAAGUUUGAGGCAAUCCAUGGCAUUGGAGUAUUUGGAGGUAAGUCAUUAACUGAAAGAUAGUUUGCUAAACUUAGUACUUUCCUUUGAGGUUUUUUCCCCCCUAGAAAUGCAUUUAUAUUCUUCAGAAAUAGAGAAAAUACAAAGAAAAUUGUCAAAUUUUCAUACCCCAAAUCAGAAGUAUUGGAAUCAUGUUCUCAGUGGGGGAUGGCAUUUUAGUCCAGUAGAAUGUAUCGUUACAUCAAAAGUAUUAUCAGUCUUUAUUUUAUGUGUGUCUAUAUGUGUUUGUGGCACUGGGGAUUGAAACCAGUGCCUUGCUCAUGCUAGGCAAACCCUCUUUCAAUGAACUACAUUGCCAAUGUCCUUUCUUAAGUUAUUUAAAGUACAGUGAAGGUAACAGUGGCCUCUAAUUUUAGGUUUUCCAGCUUUGAGAUAUAAUGGACAUUAUAUCAAGUCUAAUGCUUGAGUUGGAUGUUGGUAAUUGAAACUCAUUGUCUUUGAUACAGGGGUCAUUUUGCAAACUGAAAUUUAAGUCUUACAAAAUCUUACUUUGUAUAAGUUUUCUCAAGUUGAGCCGUUUUCUGCCUGCCUCAUUAUAUUCAAAGUGGUAGCAGUUAUUGCUGAAUAACUAAGUCUGUCUGCCUGGUGAGCUCUUUCAGGGCAGAGGUUGGAUCAAAAUGGAAGGCUUUGUUUAUCAAUUGUUCAGAAUGUAUUCUGGAGCCAGGUGCAGUGGGGUGGGGUGGGGGUUACUAUAGUCCCUGCUACUUAGUAGGCAGAGGUAGGAGGAUCGCUUGAGCCCACUUUGAUACUAACUUGGGCAACAAAGCAAUACUCUUGUCUAAAAAAAAAAAAAGUACUAGACAUGAUCCCAAAUGCUUCACAUAUUUUAUCUAAUUCCCGAAAUAAUCCAGUAAUUGAGUAGUAAUCUCUACUUUACACAUAAAAGUAUUAAAGGUUAGGUAAAUUACAUGAGAACCAGUAAGUGAUAACCUGGUUUAUUAAUAAUUAUUAUAUGAACUCUGAACCCUAUAUCAAUUGGACUUAAAUUGUAUUAACAUGUUCUUUUCUAGAUUCCAGUGGAACUGAUUCAAUUUGAUACUGUACUUGCAUUCCUAUUGGACAAAGCUAAUGUCAUCUGGGUUAUUGCCUUUCAUAGUAGGUUGUGAAUGCGAAUCAGAAUUCUUAUGAUUCAUGUCCUUUUUUUCCCCCAUUAUUGGGGAGUGAACCCAGGCCUACCCUACCACUGAGCUACUUUCUCAGCCCUUUUUAAGGGUUCAUUAAGUUGCCUAGGGUGGCCUUGAAUUUGCCAUCCUACUGUCCUAGCCUCCCAAGUCACUGGGAUUACACAUAUGCACUACCAAGUUCGCCUUGUUUACCAGAAGUUUAUCAUAUUUUGUCAGUUGGGGUUUUUCAGAUGCUUUUCUCAUGGUAAGAUUUGGGUUAUGGAUCUUUGGGGCAGAAGGUAAAAAUAUCGUUUUCAACACAUUGUAUCAAGGGUGUGUACUACCAGCAUGAUUUGGUAUUCACCUUCACCUGCUUGAAGGUAGUGUUUGUCAGAUUUCCCUAGCCUAACACUAUUUUUCCUUCCUUCUCUGGACUGUACUUUUUGAAAUGAAGUUAUGAUGCACUGCCCACACUUAGCAGGUUGAGAAAUAAUCUACCUCCCUCAGGGUAUAGUAGUGACAUUAAGCUGCAUGGGAUUUUUAUGCAUGGGAGAUUUGACUCUUCACCCCCACUUAUUUAUGCAAUUUUCUCUUUUUGGUACCAGGUAUUGAACCCAGGGGCACUUUAUCACAGAGCCACAUCCCUAGUGCUUUUUUUUUUUUUUUUCUCUCUACUUUUUUAUUUUGAGACAGGUUCUUAGUUGCUUAGGGCCUUCCUAAGUUGUUGAGGCUGGCUUUGAACUUGUGAUCCUCCUACCUCAACCUCCUGAGUUGCUGGGAUUAUAGGUGUGUACCACCACGUAUUAUUUAUGUAGUUAUUUAAAUCAGUAGGGCUUAAGUAUGUAGUUAUUUUGUUGAGAUACACUAUUGAUAUUAAGGAAAUUAAUUAAUAUAAUCAUCUCUUAGUUCAGGUUUUUCUCAGUUAUCUGAUUUCUUCUUUGAAACAGAAAUGAGUGUAUUUGUCAAAAUUCCAUUAGAGGGUAUCUCAUCCCAGAUUACUCAUUUAUAAACCAAAACAAACAAACAAACAAAAAUCUAGUGAUAGCUGUAAAUUGCAGUCUCUUAGGAAUCAUGUGAUAGACACUUGCCCCUAAUCAAAUUUAAGGAUUCAUGUAACCUUAUUCUGAUGUAGGUACAUUUUUGUCACUGCCAUUGUUACCUUUCUUUCAAGAUGUGUGUAGCAGUAUUAGGUGGAAAAGAUUACAGGGAGUCACAUUUACCAAAAGUGUGCAAAUAUGCCCAAGAAGAUUUUGGCAAAACAAAUUCCAAGUACAGUGGAUGCUAUAAAUGGCUAUGAUUGCCAUGGGUUUAAUUAAAUACUUCUUUGGCGAGGAUUAUUUGUUACUUUCAUUUAUAUAAACUUUAAACUUAAAAGAAAUGUAGUCAUUUUUUCGCCAACUGAAAACGAACCUGUUCACCUUUUUAAUUUGCUUUCAGGAGGAAGUUUUGGUAUAGCAUUUGAAAUUUCCUUCUUGGUUCUGUUUUUUCCUUCCUUAUUAGAGGAGUCAGUCAUGGUUUCUCUUGGCUCAGCUUAUCCGCUGACAUUAAUAACUAUUACUAAUGUGGCAUAGGUACAGUUCUUUCUGGUAAUCUUAUUGCCAGGCUUCUAUCAAUCUUAUAAAUGUUUUUUCUUUGGGGUUUCAUAAUUUUUUACUUUUUCAAAUGAUGAUUAUAUGCUUUUUUUCUUGACUCUGUAUGUUAUUACUGAGAUGUGAGUCAUAUCUAUAAAAAUGUUUACUGGACAACAUUUGACUAUUGAAUUAUACACAUGUGCACAUACAAACUCAACCAAUGCAUCUCCUUGUAUCCUUUCUUCUAAAGAACUUUGUGCUUUUUCCUGAGUGCCUGCGUUUGGGACAAAAAUAUCUGCCAUCUCAGACAAAUGGCUGAAGUGUCUUAUGAUAUUAGUAUUACCAUCUAGGAAUCAGAAGAGAACAACAGCAGUGAAGUUGAGAAUAUUUGUUAUAUUCUUUCCCUUUAAGCUGUUAUCCAAAUAGCCUUUAAAAUUAAAAUGAUUUCAACUUUUAAACAGCUAUCACAGGAAAAUUUGCUUUGGCACAAAACACUGCAAAAUUGCUUCUUCUUGAUUAUUGUAAGUGAAGAAUACAGAGGACUGAUACAUUUUAAAUACUGUCAGGCAGUAAUAUGGAAAAGUAUUACAGGUUUUCUUAUUGUAUCAAUCUUAUUGUAUUUCUCCAUAAUCCUGAAGGUUUUUCUAAAAGCGGUCUUUAAAAUUUACUCAGAUGGAAAUUGUUCUUUUUCCUGUUUAUACCUUCCCCCCAUGUUAUUGUAUAAAGAUCUAAGCAGUUCUCCAUGUAAGUUUCAGCAAUACUUAUGCCUGUAUGUUCCUUGACUUACAUAUAUAUUUCAGCAUACAUUCAUAAGGAUUUGUUCACUUUGAUGCUUAAAGUACUUAAAUAGUUUUAUGGCAUUAUCUUAUGCUUUGUAUGCUUAAUUUCAGUUUCUAACCUACUUGACAGUUUGUUUUAGGCCAGCCCUUGUCAAUUUUCCAUGUACAUGGUAGAAAUCAACAAAUCAUUUUAACUUAUUAUGCAAAUUAAAUGUGGAAUUUAAGUAGGAAUAUUGGCAAGUUUAUAAUGCAUCUAUCUCUUUUUUUUCCAUUGAGUUUGCAGUGUUAACGUUUGCAUAUUGCUUGCUUUUCUGACAUCUCAAGAUUUUUACAACUUGGAAAACACUUCUGUGCUACCUACCCCUCAUUUCUAAUUUGUUUUUGAAGAAAACAUUUCUGAAUUUGUUUUCGAAGAAAUACACAUUACAAGUGUGGUUGAAGGCCCCUUGGUGUUUCUCUCCCUAGUCCCUUCUUUUAUCUUACUCAGAGGUGUCCAGUCCCUGAAUUGAGGUUCAUCAUUGUCAAACAUACAGAGCUAGUGUUUCACAUUUGCCGAAUCAGUCUCCUAAUAAACAGAAGUAAUCUGAGAAAUGAUUAAAUUCUCCCACAGAAUUAUAAUAUAUAUUGCAAGCAUCAAAGGCUCUCAGACUUGGGGGGGUCAAACUCGUCCAUUUAAAAAAUUCAGCAUUGACCAAUCUACUUGAUCACCAAAACCCUUCACUCACGAUUCUGUGUGCUGUUGUUGCUUGGAACACUUUGAACACUGCUAGAGGUGUACCCAUUCUGGAAUUGAUGUAGCAUUGAAUUUUGUAGUUUUUCAUUAAUAUAACUUUCUAGAUUGGAAUGACAAAGAUUCUAAUAGUAGUCACUCACAUUUGAUGUUAAUUAUGAAAUCAUGAUGAAAACCUUUGAAAGGUGAGAUCUUUUCAAAAAAAGGUAAAAUGCUCAUAAAUCGCACAUUUAUUGAUGGAUGAACAAGUUACACUCUUUAAUUUUUUCAAUUCUUGAGUUCUUUGAUCUUCUAAACUGUCUUGCUGUGGACCUUGGCUUUACUUACCCCUUUGCCUUAAAUUUAUCUGUUUAUGUUUUUGUGGCCAAAAGUAGCCUGAGUUUGCUGUUAAUGUUUAACACAUUUUCUUGAGUGGCAGUUCUUAAACUGUUAAUAUUGUACAAGAUGAUACUUGAAUUCUUUGUUUACUUUUUCCUUCCUGUAUUAGAACAUCUUGGUGCUUUUUAUGAGUUAUGUAUAAAAGAAAUUUUUCUUAACAUUUGUUCAUAUAAUGACCUGAUCCAGGAAAAUAAAAUGGGAAAAUGGACACUAUUUCUGACCUUCAAAUAAAACUUAUUUAUUGGUUUUCA